GUGUUGGCGAAGGCAGGUCUGGACAAGUCUCAGAUCGCGCACUGGGAGUUCAACGAAGCGUUCAGCGCCGUUGGCUUAGCCAACGUUAAGCACCUGGAGUUGGACCCCGAAAAGGUGAACCCGAACGGCGGCGCCGUAGCCCUCGGCCACCCAUUAGGCUGUUCCGGCGCUCGUAUUGUCAACGUUUUGGCGCUACACCUGAAGCCCAAUGAGUACGGAAUGGCAGCCAUUUGUAACGGUGGUGGCGGCGCGUCCGCGAUGUUGAUCCAGAAGUUAUAAUAAGUGCCAUAAGAUAUACUCCAUAUGACUGUCGAGGAAUAUGUCUUAAAUUAAUUAAUUAACUUUUUUGUGAACAAAAUUUAUAGGUUUUUCUAAUUGUGUUAACUUUUUUCAUAAAAACGGGAAUCUCUUUUGUAUUGACAGAUAU